UUUGUAUAUGGUGUUCUUUCCUUUUUGUUUCUGACCACGAUAUUUUAUUUCACAAGAUUACAAAUGUUAUAAAUAAAGACAGAUAUACCUUCAGACUACUUUAAAUAUUAAAGGAUUGUCCAUGGUUACUUCCAAGAUUCAGACACAAGAUGGCGCCCUUUCAUUUAAAGAAAGAACAAGAAUGCAUUUAUAAUCUGACAGCUUUCAUCGACUAGAGCAAAAUGGACCGGUUGACCGCUGUCAUUGUCUGUGGCUUUAGAUGUCCAUUGUCAUGGCCAAGCGGGACACUGGGAGCACCAGCCCCGUGGUCCGUCAAAUAGACAAGCAGUUCCUGGUUUGCAGCAUCUGUUUGGAUCACUACCAUAACCCCAAGGUCCUGCCCUGUCUGCACACUUUUUGUGAAAGCUGUCUCCAGAAUUACAUUCCGGCAGAGUCUCUAACACUCUCGUGCCCCGUGUGCCGGCAAACAUCCAUUCUGCCCGAGAAAGGAGUGUGCGCUCUGCAGAACAACUUCUUCAUCACUAAUCUCAUGGAGGUUCUCCAGCGUGAGCCAGAGUGUUCACGGCCUGAGGCAUGCAGCGUGUUGGAGUCGGUCAGUGCUGCAGCAGCAGGGAAGCCCCUUUGCUGCCCAAACCACGAGGGAAAGGUGAUGGAGUUCUACUGCGAGUCCUGUGAGACAGCCAUGUGUCUGGACUGCACAGAGGGAGAGCAUGGAGAUCAUAUGACUGUUCCUCUGCGGGAUGUAGUGGAGCAGCACAAAGCUGCUCUAAAAACUCAGCUUGAUGCCAUUCACAGCAGGCUUCCUCAGCUGACUGCAGCCAUUGAGCUGGUGAGUGAGAUCUCCCGACAGCUAAAUGAAAGGAAAACUGAGGCAGUAGCGGAGAUCAACAGCACAUUUGAAGAAUUGGAGCGACUGCUGCAUCAUCGCAAGACCGCCCUCAUCACAGACCUGGAGAACAUCUGCAGCAGCAAGCAAAAGGUCCUACAUACCCAGCUCUCCUCCCUUCUCCAGGGGAAGGAGCACAUCCAGAGCAGCUGCAGCUUCACAGAGCAGGCUCUCAGCCAUGGGAAUGCAACCGAGGUGCUGCUGGUUCAGAAACAGAUGAGUGAGCGGGUCACAGCUUUGGCCAGACACGACUUUCCAGAAAAACCCCAUCAGAACGCGCAUCUAGACUGUCAGGUGGAGACGGAAGGGCUGCGGCGCUCCAUCCAGAACCUGGGCGUUCUCCUCACAACAUCAGCUGUGGCCCACACCUCUGUGGCCACUGGAGAGGGACUCCGACAUGCAGCAACUGGACAGCACAAAACCAUUACUGUGACAACAAAAGACAAAGAUGGAGAAUUGGUGCGGACAGGUAAUGCUGUUUUAAAGGCGGAGAUACUGUCAGCUGAUGGUAACAGAGCGGCAGAGACGGAAAUAACAGACAACAAGAACGGGACAUACGAGGUGGGCUACACGUUACGCUCUGAAGGAGAGUACUCAUUCAGCCUGUUGCUGUAUGGUCAGCCCAUACGAGGCAGCCCUUUCCGCCUGCGAGCAGUCAAGCCAUCAGAUGUGCCCCAGUCUCCGGACGACGUGAAAAGGAGGGUGAAGUCCCCCAGUGGAACAGGGGGCCACAUCCGUCAGAAAGCCGUACGACGGCCCUCCAGCAUGUACAGCACUACCAAGAAAAAGGAGAACCCAAUUGAGGAUGAGCUCAUCUACAGAGUUGGUUCCAGGGGAAGAGAAAAGGGUGAAUUCACAAAUCUGCAAGGAAUCUCAGCCUCCAGCAAUGGCAGAGUGGUGGUGGCUGACAGCAACAACCAGUGCAUACAGGUGUUUUCCAAUGAUGGGCAGUUUAAAAUGCGCUUUGGGGUCAGGGGCCGUUCUCCAGGACAACUACAGAGACCAACAGGAGUCACUGUAGACAUGAACGGGGACAUCGUGGUGGCCGAUUACGACAACAGAUGGGUCAGCAUCUUCUCCUCAGAUGGCAAGUUUAAGAAUAAGAUCGGUGCAGGACGUCUCAUGGGUCCUAAAGGAGUGGCCGUGGAUAAAAAUGGACACAUCAUCACUGUGGACAACAAAGCCUGCUGUGUCUUCAUCUUUCAGUCCAAUGGGAAGCUGGUGACUAAGUUUGGGGGCAGAGGGACGUCUGAUAGACAGUUUGCAGAAAAACUUGGCCCAAACUUUAAUAAAUCUGGCUCAGUUUUCAGUCCACAUUUUGUUGCAGUCAACAACAAGAAUGAAAUCAUAGUGACAGACUUUCACAAUCACUCUGUGAAGGUAUACAGCGCUGAUGGGGAGUUCCUGUUCAAGUUUGGCUCUCACGGUGAAGGUAAUGGCCAGUUCAACGCGCCCACUGGUGUUGCUGUAGAUACCAACGGAAACAUCAUUGUAGCCGACUGGGGUAACAGCAGAAUACAGGUCUUUGAUAGCACCGGGUCGUUCCUGUCCUACAUUAAUACCUCAGCAGACCCUCUCUACGGCCCCCAGGGCCUUGCUCUCACCUCAGACGGACAUGUGGCAGUUGCCGACUCCGGUAAUCACUGUUUUAAAGUUUACAGAUAUCUGCAGUAGACAAAGGAAAAGGCAUCAAAAAUCCUGCUUGGGUAAAUAAAUAUUUCAUAACACUUCUAGCUGCAACGUUCCUGCUCUUUCUGGCCAGAACACAGUAUUCCUUCUUCGUAGACUGCAUUGCUUAGGGCAAAGGAAAUGCAAACCAUAUAAUAAUAAAAAAAAAAAUGCAUUCCUAGUUUUAGAAAAAUAGAAAAAAGUUUGAUUCUUAUCAGUAUGUCCAAAUUGUAUGCAGCCUGUCAGACUUUACACUUGUUAUAAACCUACAUUUUGGGUUAGAUUUCAUAUUCUCCCAGUAAGAAUAAUAACACUCACUAUCUCUGACCAUAUUAUACAUCAUGCUGUCAGACUGACAUACUGUAACAAAGGUCAAUCAGUUCAUUCAAAGAAAAAAUGUACGUUUUGACUUCUGUUAUAGAAACUCUCAUGAGCUCUUCAGUUAUUGUAAUUUAAGUCCCAGAGUUUUUAGUACCAGUGGCUAAAGCAGAGAAAUCAAGACAAAAGGUGAUUCAAAACGACUCCAAAUGGCCUUAAAAAGUUUAUCCAAACACUGUUUUAUCAAACUUUACACCAUGUUUUGGUUUUUACCAGGCAGCUAGUUUGACAGAAGGUGAUUUAAAAGGAAAGUUGAUAUAGCAGGCGGUACAGGGCAUGUGUCUGGUUAGUCAUUUGUGGGUCGUACCACGGCUGUCACAUGGCCAACUAGAUUUAAAUGAUCAUUAUUUAAUAUAUUAAAGUUUAUUAAGUGGUUUAUCAAUUUACCAAAUGAUAAACUAGCUAAAGGAAUUAUACGUAAAUGAUAUCCCUCAAAAAGUAUUCAGAUACUUUAGGCUUUCUUUCGCAUAAAUUAUGUUGCAUAUUUUCUAUUUUGGUCUUUACAAGACCAGAAUUUACCAACAAUUUUAUGUUUGUUUUAUUAAAUAUUUCUUUUAGAUAACAAAUCGUAGGAUAUUAUCUGUUGCUCAAUAUUUAAGUAGCCGUUUUUUACCAAAUGCAGUUUUUUUUAUAACUUAACAUCUUUAGCUAUACAUUUAUUUUUGAAACCUGAACUUGUGCAGAGCUUAUCGGGUAUGCUGCGUUUCUCCUAAUAAAAUUGAAAUUCUCCAAAUUAAAAUAAAGUACCUAAUUAUGUUGCGCCGCCCUUGCUGAAAUUGUUUGGACAGAGUCCAACCACGAGUGCACAGCCACUAAUCUCUGUGUAUGAAUAGAACAUAAUUGGUGACCAAAUCUGAAAGUAAAGUUCCCUUUUACCUUUAUCCACAAAAGCACAAAAAUGGCUAGAAACAAUAAAA